AGUCCCGCCCCGGAAACGGCUCCGCGCAGCGCCAUGGCGGCGCCCGGGCGGAGGUGGUCUGUGCUGCUGUUCCGAGCGCUGCAGUCACUGUCCGCGCGCCGAGCCCUGCAUGAUACGGCUCCGCCACGGGAUGUGCUGCUCUUCGAGCACGAACGGGGCCGCUUCUUCGCCGUCCUCGGGCUGUUCUGCGCUGGCCAGGGCGUCUUCUGGGCUUCCCUGGCCAUUGCCUCCUUGGCCCGACCCCCAACCCCGGUUCGUCCAACAGACGCCAAGUCCCCAGACCAUGGCCGCUUGGACCUGCGCUCUACACUCUGGCGUUACGGCCUUGCCGUCGGCUGCGGCGCAAUCGGUUCCCUGGUACUUGGUGCUGGUCUUCUCUUUUCCCUCCGCUCUGUGCGCUCAGUGAUGCUACGGGCUGGAGGGAAGCAAGUGACCCUCACCACUCAUGCCCCCUUUGGUUGGGGUGCCCAUUUUACGGUUCCCUUAAACCAGGUAUCUUGCAUGGCCCACCGGGGAGAAGUCCCUGCCAUGUUGCCUCUGAAAGUCAAAGGCCGACGCUUCUACUUCCUGUUGGACAAAGCUGGACACUUCCCCAACACGAAACUUUUUGACAACACUGUGGGUGCCUACCGUAGCUUGUGAAGAAGCAACCUCAGGUCACUAAGGUUCAGAAUAAAAAACCUUAUGGAUGGGGUGACAACCAGGGUCACACAGGUGGCCCAGAAUUAACAGCAAAUAAAAGAGCAGUUGUCCCAAGGGCAGCUACCUGCCCGUA